UAGAGUUGCAGAUAAUGUUUAUGUUUGUUUAUUAUAUGUGUUUUAAGGUAAGCUCUCUUUAAAUUAAGAAAAAAAACCCUGACACCCCCUUAGUCAAUAGAACGGUAGUGUGCGGUGAGAGACCUAGAUGCCAAAGCACUCUGUGCAUACAAAGGUUACUCUUCCCACACAAAUGGUUGGGAAAUGUGGUUGAUCUGACAGAAUUACUCUUCUAGCCGCACACAAUCACUGCCAUCAUGAACUCCAAGCCUCUUUUCUUCUGCCUCUUCCUUGUAUUGCUCAUUCUACCUGUUCAAUUACGUAAACAAGAGAAGCAUGGAAAACAUCCGAAACAGGAAAAACACAGCAAAAACCCUGAAAGAAAGUACAGAAGACACGAGGAUAUUCUGAAGGAUCCAUUCUUUGAGAUCGUAGACGAACCAGGUGAGGACGAUAGUGAUGAUGCUGACUGGCUUUAUGAACUCCAAGAACCAGAUGGCCAAUGCAACCCAAACCCUUGCCUCAAUGACGGUGUGUGUGAGGAGAAGGGAAAGAGAAGGUUCAAAUGUGACUGCCCCAAGCCAUUCAAGGGCAAGAAGUGCCAGAAAGGGCCCAAAAGGUGUAAGAGGGGCACAUGUGGUCGUGGCGAGUGUGUGUUGACCUCUAAACCACCUUUCUACGCGUGCAAGUGCAAGCAGCCCUUCCUGCCCCCAGACUGCAAAUCACUUAGGGUGUGUCAGCCUAACCCCUGUAAGAAUGGAGGCUUGUGUGUCAAGGACGGCAUGGACUUUGACUGCCUCUGCCCAGAAGGCUUCAGUGGACGUUUCUGUAAUGUUGGCCCAGAUGACUGUUACAAGCUCAAGGAUGACGGGGAGUCAUAUCGUGGCAACGUGAGUGAGACAGAUUAUGGAGAGGAAUGUCUCUACUGGAACUCCCAUUUCAUCCUGGAGAAAGGCUCUGAUCCCUUCAAUGACUUUGAGGAUGACGAUGGACUAGGCCCUCAUAACUUCUGCAGAAACCCAGAUGGUGACACUCAGCCAUGGUGCUUCAUAAGAAGAGGGCGGGUGCUGCUGUGGGAUCACUGUGGCGUCAGGGAGUGUGCUAAGCCCACAGAUGCUGGUCCCAAGCCUACUACUGGUCCGAAGCCCACUACUACAACUACUACAACUGUCAAGCCUACUACUCGUCCCAAACCCACUACUACAACUACUACUACAACACCCAAGCCUGAACCAACACCGGCCAAACCCUCAGCGGGUCCAGAGAAACCUACAGCGCCAAAGCCCAGUGGAGCCCCACGACAGCCCACAGCUAGCCCCACCUCUGAUAAGCAGUUCACCACCUGUGGAAAGCCCCAGCCGAAGAAGGCCAUCACCAGGAUCUACGGAGGCUUGAAGGCCGUCCCUGGAGCCCAGCCCUGGCAGCUGUCCCUGCAGGUCCGACCCAAGGGCUCCAGCCAGGCAUACAGGCACAUCUGUGGAGCGGUGCUCAUUGAUAGCUGCUGGGCUCUGACUGCCGGCCACUGCAUUGAUCCAAAGGACCAGAUGCAGGUGGUGGCUGGGAGUCUGACUCUAGGAAAGGAUGUGCCCAUUGGGCAGACGAUCAUAGUGGAGAAAGCUACAAGGCAUGAGAAUUACAAGGAGACAUCCACAGCUGUUUACAAUGAUAUAGCGGUGCUGAAGCUGAAAGCCACAGAUGGUCGCUGUGCCAGAGAGAGCCAGUUUGUGAAGGCAGCCUGCUUGCCUGAUAGCCCAUUCCCUGAUGGGACUGAGUGCACCAUCUCUGGAUGGGGCGCUACUGAGGACUCUGACUACGGCUCCAACCACCUACUGGAUGCCCAGGUGCUGCUGAUCAGCCAGGAGAGCUGCUCAAGCAGCAAAGUCUAUGGAAGCGCCAUAGACAACACCAUGUUUUGUGCCGGUUACCUGCAGGGAGGAGUGGACUCCUGCCAGGGUGACUCUGGAGGGCCACUGACAUGUAACAAGGAGAGCUCCCAUUUCAUCUACGGUAUAGUGAGCUGGGGAGACCAGUGUGGGUUGAAGAACAAGCCUGGGGUCUACGCACGGGUCUCCCACUACCUUGACUGGAUCAAGUCAAAGACACAAGCAGCAUAGCUGGGCUAUGCCAGUCCAUACAGUUGCAGGCACUAAAAAGUUAGAUUACGGCACGGUAUUGGCAGAACAAUUCCUCAAUGCAUAUGCAACAUGGUACUUUAGUGCCUUCUAGCGGUAGUUUAUCACAAAAACCCUGCAGUAGCAAGUGCUAAAAUAAGUCUCUUAAUUGGACCGCUACUGAGUAAUCAUUGAUUUAUGUUUGAAUAUAGCUGACAUGCUGUCAUUCCAGGAUAUAAAAUUACUGAUUUGACUGUAAGAGAACAAAACCAUUAAAACGUCCCUCUAUGGACCUUCCUGCAAAGAUGGGUAAUCUGAA